UUUCCCCACCGACUGACUCAUGCUGCUAAGCUGGCCGUCUUGGCAAGCUUCUUGUUUCUUCUACGAUAUGUCAUGCACUAUAGCAGGAAGAGCACACCUUUCCAGGAACUCAAAGACUUGAGAGAGAAACAUCGGCCUGUGACGGGUGUGAUGAGUGGCUCAGGCCUCCGGCUUGAAGCCCCUGAUCCCAGCUGUCCACCUGGCUUUUACAGCAAAGAGGAGCUCAAACCCCAUCUACAAAGGCCUCGUCAAAACCUCAGGGCACCGGGGGCAAACGGAAAAGCCUUCGUGUCAGGCACUUUGAGUUUUGCUGAACAUCUGGAGAAAGAAGCAGGGAUGGCCAAAAACCAAUUCAACCAGUUUGCCAGUGACCGCAUCUCAUUGCACCGCAGCCUGGGCAGUGACUCACGGCACCCCGAUUGUGUGGAGCAGAGGUUUUGGCGCUGUCCUGGUCUCCCCACCACCAGUGUGAUCAUAGUGUUUCACAACGAGGCGUGGUCCACUCUGCUGAGGACAGUCUACAGCGUCUUACACACCGCCCCUGCUGCUCUGCUCACAGAGAUCCUGCUGGUGGAUGAUGCCAGCACAGAUGAUCAUCUGAAGACCCGUCUGGAAAAGUAUGUACAGAAGCUGAAGAUUGUACGUGUGCUACGCCAGAGGGAGAGGAAGGGCUUGAUCACAGCCAGGCUGCUGGGGGCUCAGGCUGCACGGGGAGAGGUUCUCACCUUCCUCGACUCCCACUGUGAAUGCUUCCCUGGAUGGCUGGAGCCUCUUCUGGCUCGGAUAGCAGAGAACCCCACUGCUGUGGUGUGGCAGUGUGGGGGUCAGCUGGAGAUUAUUCCUUGUUCUGUGGUUGGACAUAUUUUCCGCUUGAAGAGCCCCCACACCUUUCCCAAAGGCAAUUCUGUGGUCACUCGCAACCUGGUACGCCUGGCUGAGGUCUGGAUGGACGACUACAAAUGGAUCUAUUAUCGGAUGAACAGAAAAGCUGCUGCCAUUGCCAGAGAGAAUACAUUCGGAGAUGUUUCUGGCUGUCUGAAAAUUAAGGAGAAGUUAAAGUGUAAAAACUUUACUUGGUACCUGAACAACGUUUACCCAGAGGCCUAUGUGCCUGAGCUCAACCCUGUCAUGUUUGGAGCGCUGAAGAGCUCCAGUUCAAACUUGUGCGUGGAUGUUCACAAAGCUUCAAAUAUAAUCAAAAUGCUCACUUGUCACAACAUGGGAGGAUCACAGUAUUUUGAGUACACAUCCCGGCGAGAGCUGCGGCAUAACACCGGCAAACAGCUGUGUCUGCAGGCAGACCCUGGAGAAACCCCGGUGUCUGUCAAACUGUGCCGCUUUAAGGGCAAAAGAACAACAGUGGCUCCUGCGCAAGAGUGGCAGUUCACCCCAGAGCACCACCUGAAGAACCCAUCGUCAGGCAAAUGUUUGACAGUGCAGCGAGGCAGAUUGAAGAUGACAACCUGUAAAUCCAGCAGUCGUAAUCAGCGCUGGGUGCUCAGCUGACACACACACACACACACAC